AUGCGUCUUCUCAACGUCAAGACCAGAACGUUGGAGCAGUAUUUCAACAACAUCCCGAAGUAUGCGAUACUUUCUCAUCGAUGGGGCGAAGAAGAGGUCACUCUCCAAGACCUCAGCGCUCCAGCUUAUCAACUCAUGAGAGGAUAUGCCAAAGUCAACGGCUUCUGCGUCUUGGCUGCGGAGCAUGGCUUCGACUAUGUCUGGAUCGACGCCUGUUGCAUCGACAAGACGAGCAGCGCUGAACUCUCUGAAGCCAUCAAUUCUAUGUUCCGGUGGUACGAGAAUGCGUCAACUUGUUACGCCUACCUUGACGACGUAGGCAGAGGUCCAGCGGACGAGGGCCAGCCCGAUGUUGAUGGCGAAUUCAAGGAGAGCCUUUGGUUCACGAGAGGCUGGACUUUGCAAGAGCUUCUCGCUCCCAAACGUGUGCUGUUCUACGACAAAUUUUGGAGGCAAUUUGGCGACCGCUCCUCCUUAGCUGCUGAUAUCAAUGCCAUCACAAAUAUCCCCAUUUCUUACCUUCGUAGGGAACAAGAUUUUCGUUCAGCGAGCAUCGCCGUCCGCAUGUCGUGGGCAGCUUAUAGAGAGACUACCAGGAUCGAGGAUAGGGCGUACGCGCUUCUGGGAAUAUUCAAUGUAAACAUGCCGCUUCUCUAUGGAGAAGGCGAUCGCGCAUUUGAGAGGCUCCAGCUAGAGCUCCUAAAGCUCAACACUGACGAAUCCGUUCUUGCGUGGAGCCCGCUGGACACUACCUUGAAAGAGGAACCUUCGGAUGUGUUCUACAAGCGUUUCCGGAUUUAUUAUAGCGUUAUACACCUGCUAUCCGCCGACCCUCAAGAAACUCAGUACUCCAAGGAGUACUACCGAGAAGUCUCACAUCGACCUGAGUAUCACAGGCUACUCGCUCAGAGUCCCAGAGACUUCGCUUGCUGGUCAAACAUUUCCGCCAUACCGAUGGGUGGAACAAGCUCGGUGCCUGAAAUGACGAGCCGAGGCCUGCGAAUCACGCUUCCUCUUUUCCAACUUGAGAAGCUUGCCUACGGUCUGCUUGACUACCGCUAUUAG